CGGAGUUUCCUAUGAAAAGGUACACGAAUUGACAUCGCCGCAUUUAUGAUGACUGCCUGAAUUUAAUAGCAACAUAACCUGUAAAAAAAUCUAUUAACUAUUGAAAAGACAUUUACGAAUUUCGUUUCAAAUAAAAACUAAAAACGUAUCAUGGAGUGCUUAUUAGGCAUCAGAUUUAAUGAUUUUGUUUUAAUUGCCGCGGAUAGAACUGCAGCGAACAGCAUAAUGGUUAUGAAAUCAGAUGAAAAUAAACUUUAUAAGUUAUCAAAUAAGCUUGUCAUGGCUGUUUCUGGAGAGGCCGGGGAUACCACUCAGUUUGCUGAAUACAUUGAAAAGAAUAUUCAGUUAUACAAAAUGAGAAAUACAUAUGAAUUAAGUCCGAAGGAAGCUGCUUACUUUACAAGAAGAAAUUUGGCAGAUGCUCUUCGUACAAGGUCUGCUUAUAUGGUUAACUUGUUAUUGGCGGGCUAUGACGAAAAAGACGGUCCACAAUUGUAUUACAUGGACUACUUGGCAUCGGUAGCCAAUGUGGAUUAUGCAGCUCAUGGGUACGGAGGCUACUUUUCCUUGUCCAUUAUGGACAGAAAUUAUUUGAAAAAUAUGACACCAGAUCAGGGUUACGAUCUACUAAAAAAAUGUGUCCAGGAAGUCCACAAGAGGCUUAUUAUCAAUUUGCCUAAUUUUAAGGUACAGAUUAUUGAUAAAAAUGGUAUUCGUGAUUUGCCAGAUAUCACUAUGGCAUCGGUAACUAAUUCUGUGUAAUUUAAAUUUUAUACUUGCAUUUUUCUUUUCAUAAAUAAAGGUUAAGUG